CUGAACAAAGAUAUAUUGUUUAAAUAAUUUGAAAACAAAAUUAUUAAAUAGGUCCUAUUUACAGUCUCUGAAGUGUAACGAUUUAUUUAGUUCUUUUAUAAUAUAACCUACAAAUUUAAAUAUGAUUUGUCGAAAGUGUAGCGGUCCUGGAUCAUUAAUAAUUAGAAAAGAGUAUUGUUAUUGUAAUGACUGUUUUAUUACCAAUAUAAACCACAAAUUUCGAGCUUGUAUUGGUAAAAAUAAAAUAUUGUCGCCUAAUGAAAAAGUCCUGAUCUGUUUAUCUGGAGAUGCAAGUUCUACGGUUUUAUUGGAUUUGAUACACGUUGGCCUUUCAUUAAAUAACCAUAAAAAAUUACGAGUGAUACCAUAUUUUUUGCAUAUCAUAGAAAGAGAUUCAGAAGGUGAAGAAAUAUCUAAAGUAAUAGUUGAGCAAUGUAAAAAUUACAACUUUAACAUUACUUUAGUGAAUAUUGAUGAAUACUUUAAUAAAAAUAUUUUAUGUAAUGAUAAUACAAUGAAAAAUCAUUAUCAACCAUCAAUUUCAAAAAAUAUUCUAUUAAACAUACCUACCUCCAUCAGUGAAGAUGUGUUGACAAAGAUGAAACAAAAUAUUUUUAUAAAAAUUGCAAAACAAUUAAAAUGUAGAAUAGUUUUUACAGCUGAAACAACAACUUUAUUAGCCACACGAUUGCUAUCAAAUAUAGCAAUUGGUCGAGGUUCACAAGUUGAAAAUGAUAUUGGCUUUGCUGAUAAAAGAGAAGAAAAUGUAAAAAUAUUGAGGCCAAUGAGAGAAAUUACUAAUGAGGAAAUUGACCACUAUUUGAGAAUAAAAGAACUAAAUCCUGCUACUGAUAUAUUGGGUAAAGGAUAUGGAACUAGUCUACAAUCUGUUAUAAGAAAUUUUGUCUUGGAUCUACAAGAAAAUUAUCCAGCCACUGUAUCAACAAUAUGUAAAACAGCAGAUAAAAUUGGUUCUGUAACCGAUAAUGUUAAUAAAAAAAAGUGCAUAAUUUGUCAGAGUAAUCUGGAUUGCAAUCAAUUAAAUCUCACAGCAGUGGAUGCUACUAUGUUUUCAAGAAAAGUUUCAUCUAAAGUAAUAAACUCUAAUGAAAACUUAAAACAUAUUGAGGAAGGGAAUAAUUUAAUGUUUCCAUUUAUCUAUGAAAAAUUAUGUUAUUGUUGUAGUAGAAACAUUUCUCAAUUAAACGAUCCUAUGUUACAAACAUUAGUUUGCAGGAAUGAUGAUAAAUAAAGUAAAAAAUAACAUUAAAUAA